AUGAUAUCUCGGGCUUUAACAUCCUCGAGUACAACUCUUUGUCUCGUUUUCCUCAUCUAUUUAUGUUUCUCUCCUUCAAGUUCAGGAAAUCCCAAUAAUUUCCUGAAGAGAGGAUCUUAUCUGUCUGUCGAAGAUGAUUCCGACCUGCUGAUUUCUUCAGACAACACGUUCACCUGUGGCUUUUAUGGUGUUGGUAAAAAUGCUUACUACUUCUCGAUCUGGUUCACCAGCUCCAAGGAGAAGACGGUUGCUUGGAUGGCUAACAGAGACAAACCCGUCAAUGGAAAGGGCUCUAAAGUUUCGUUUCUUCGAGAUGGUGCCUUCGUCCUCACAAAUGUCGAUGGCUCCAUUACUUGGGAGACCAACACCAGAACCACAGACGCUCAAACUGCAGAGCUUUUAGAUAAUGGAAACCUCGUUCUUAAGGACUCAUCUUUAAAAGUUCUUUGGCAAAGCUUUGAUUUCCCCUCAGAUACACUUCUUCCUCACCAACACUUCACCAAAAGUAACAAGUUGACUUCCAGGUUAGGAGGAGGGAAUUAUGGCACUGGAUAUUUCAGUUUCUUUUUCGAUACUGAUAAUGUCUUGAGAUUGAUAUAUGAUGGACCUGAUAUAUCAAAUGUGUAUUGGCCUAAUGUUGAUUUUGAUGCUUUUGGGAAUGGGAGAACCAACUUCAACAGUACUAGAAUUGCCAUGUUAAAUGGAACAGGAUGGUUUUCGUCGAGUGAUCGGUUGAGUUUCCGCGCUUCUGACUCGAGUUUCGGUAUCAAAAGGAGGUUGACAAUGGAUUACGAUGGUAAUCUCAGGCUCUAUAGUUUGAAUAUGGUGUCAGGGUUAUGGACCAUCACAUGGGAAGCUGUUAUGCAACUUUGCUCAGUGCAUGGACUUUGUGGAAGGAAUGGGAUAUGUGUUUAUACACCAAAACCGAAAUGUUCAUGCCCUCCUGGGUAUGAGAUGGCCGAUCCAAGUAAUUGGAACAAAGGUUGCAGGCCUAUGUUCAGUCGAAUCUGUUCUUUACAGUACCCUCAGCAGGUGAAAUUCGUGAAGCUACCACAUGUCGACUUUUAUGGGUUCGAUUCCUCUUUCAGUAUAGGCAUAUCUUUAGAAUCUUGCAAGAAGAAAUGCUUGGAAGAUUGCCGGUGUAAAGCAUUUAGCUAUAGGCUAACAGGGGAAGGAAGAUGCUUCACUAAAGUAGAGCUUUUCAAUGGCUACACAUCCCCAAAUUUCCCAGGGGACCUAUACUUAAAGCUCCCCAUGCAUAUACAAACAUCAGAAGCCAUCAUUCUCAAUGGCAGUAAUCAUACAUGCAAGUCAAAUGAAUCCACAAUGUUGAUAGGAUUAAGCUCUUCGUCUAUGUCGGAAACCCGAGGAAAAAGUGCGAGAUGGGUCUAUCUAUACUCCUUUGCCGCUGUCGUUGGUGCAAUUGAAAUGCUUUUCAUUGGAUUAUGUUGGUGGUUUCUUUUCAGACAUGGAAUUCCAUCUACGAUGGAAGAAGGAUAUCGUUUAUUAUCACAUCAAUUCAGGAAGUUCAGUUAUAUGGAGCUCAAGAAGGCAACUAAGAACUUCGAAGAAGAGAUGGGAAGUGGCGCUUCCGGGAUCGUAUUUAAGGGUGUAUUGGUGGAUGAUAGAGUGGUAGCAGUCAAGAAACUGGGAGAUUCAUAUCUAACAGAGGAAGUUUUCUGGGCAGAAGCGAACAUAAUUGGAAAGAUCAACCACAUGAACCUUGUGAGAAUGUUGGGAUUUUGUUUGGAACACAAGCAUAGACUCCUGGUCUAUGAGUACGUGCAAAAUCGAUCAUUGGACAAACAUCUUUUCUCAGGGAAUGUUAUUGGAUGGAAAGAGAGGUUUAAAAUUGCCUUAGGGACAGCUAAAGGAUUGGCCUAUCUUCACCAUGAGUGCCUAGAAUGGGUUAUACACUGUGACGUGAAACCUGAAAAUAUACUCUUGGAUGGUGACUUCGAACCCAAGAUUUCGGAUUUUGGACUAGCGAAGCUGUCUCAACGCGACUGUAACAACAAUGAAAUGUCUCGAAUUCGAGGAACGAAAGGCUAUAUUGCUCCCGAGUGGGCACUAAACCUUCCGGUCACUGCAAAGGUUGAUGUAUAUAGCUAUGGGGUGGUGAUUCUGGAGUUGGUGAAGGGCAUACGGCUCUCCCAUUGGGUGGUGCAGGAUGGCGACGAGCAGGAAACUGAGUUAACUAGAUUCAUCAAAGUGGUGAGAGGAAAAAUGCAAGGUGGAGAGGUUGCCUGGGUGAAUGAUACAGUGGAUACAAGAUUGAAUGGAGAAUUCAACUUAAUCCAAGCGGAGAAAAUGAUUGAAAUCGGAAUAUGUUGUGUCGAUGAAAAUAGAAAUAAGAGGCCAACAAUGGAUUCUAUAGUCCAAGCACUACUACAAUGUGAAGAUUCAUAAGCAUAGGAUCCACGAUCAGGUCUGAAAAUAGUAGCACUAGUUGAGCAAGUUUUUUAACCAAUCAAGUUUAUUCUCCAUGCACUGACGGAUGCAAGGCUUGUCUAAAAGAUGAACACGUGCUCCUCUGAAAUCCGAAUACACUGACGGAUGCAAGGCUUGUCUAAGAUGAAAAUGUGCUCCUUUAAAAUCCGAAUUUCUUUAUAUUAAUUGUGGUGUUCAUCCUAAAAUUGUAUUUGUACACUUCUCAUAUAAAAAUUUUCUAUUAUUAAUAUAUAUGUGUUUACUCUCAAAA